AUGGCAGGCAUAGUUGGCAGCUUGCUCGGUAACAUGACCAAAUCAGGUGAACUCCCAGCCACAAGCCUCGUGGCCAUCAUGAUCGUGACCACCGCCUCCCUCCUGUGGUGCCUCUCCUCCUGGUCUGGCUACUCCCGUCGCCACUUUCCCCACAAAGUCACCAUUGUCACCGACCUAAUCUUCCUCCUCCCCUUUGGCGUUUUCUCGGUCCUCCUCGGCCUUCCCAUCCACGAUGGGGGUACAAAGUGUCCCCGAGUCAAACCAAAGGAUGGCUUUACCAUCCAAGCUGGCCCACUUGGUGUCCUGGAUUUCUCUGGCGAGCCAAAUGGCCGGGUGUCAUGCACGAAGCUCUACCUCCUCUGGGUUCUUAUGCUGGUCGUCUGCGCUUCUUUCGUCCUCAGCGCUGCCUCAAUCGGGGUUAUCACGUCCCAGGAGACGCAGUUUAACAAGGCACUAUGGUGCGCGAGGGCAAUGGGUGGUCCGGUGGGUAGCGGUGAUUAUCAUCGUGGAUCGUCUCAGAUUGCUAUGGCGGGAUUGGAGGAGGUUGUUGUUGCUGGAUCAGAGCGGCAGUUACAACCACGGCCGAGGGUACACGUCAGCACACGAAGUCUUACCCCUGGGGAGGUUUCUGAUGAUGAUGGCAGGAGGGAUGGUGAUACUUCCCACCAGAGCAAGAUAUUCGGGGACCCAUAUCGGGUCAAUAUGGCAAAUAGACAUGGCCCGCGCGCAAGCCGGUAUGAUUGCACCCCGAGAGUCGACAGCUCGCUUGGUUACGGGCACGGCACUUCUCAAGGACGCUCACUCGGCAACGCAGUGCUCCAAGGAGGGAACGGCAAGGUCGACAACUACAACCGCAGAUCAGGAGGGGAGCAGAAUCCCAACCCAAACCAGCAACAACAACAGCAAUACCGAGCAGGAGGACUUGCCAACAAUCGGGAACUUACCACCACCAAGCCACCACCCAAGCCGAUUCCUAUUCCCGUCCUCCAGGCGCGCAGUGCCGCUCUGGACCAGUUGGAAGGCCGAUCAUCGGCAUCUAUCGACUUGGCUGAUGCUCCUUAUUACCGCGACCUGUAUACUACUUACUUUGCUCAACGGAACCCUCCCGACCCCGACCCCGACCCCGACCCCGACCGUGACAGCUGGGCAACCUUCACCAACACCGGCCGGUACAACCCCCAAGCACAAACACAAAGGAAGUGGAAGAAGAAACAACGCCCUUCCGGCUUCCUAUUCCUCCCAAACUCCAACAUCGCGGCGUCCAGCCCUACACUUCUCCACCCCGAUCCUGAUCCCGAUCCCGCACCUCCGAGAGUCGAAUCCAACCCUUACGAGAACACCACCCCUGGCCGCCCAAGCCAUGAAGCACAAACACACGGACACGGACACGACUCCUACACCUCCUCCGUCUACUCCAGCCCCUCCAUCUACGACGAUACCCGGUUCGACCAUCGCGACCUUCCCUCGCCAGACUACGGUCUCUGCCAUCCUGCGCGCUCUUCUUCUGGCGCCGCCGGGGUGAAGUACAGCCUGCCGCCGAGACCGAGGACGACGUUGCGACUGGUUGAUAAAGAGACGUUGAAAAGGUUGGAGGGGAUCACGGAGGAGGAGGGGAGUGGGAGCGGGGAUCUAGAUGGGGAUGCGGUGAUUGAGUUGGAGGAGAUUCCUAUUUCGCCUUUACCACCGGCGGGUAGGGCACCGGGGAGACAGAUAGAGGGGUGGACGGAGUGGCAGCCGGAAGGGCCGACAGAGGGAAAACAACAAGGGCGGGAGUGGGGAUGGGGGCGGGGAUCGAAGCAAGAAGUAAAAGAGACACGGGGUGCUCAAAGGGGUGCUGGAAAGGACAGUGGGGCACGGAUUACACGAUGGCCUGGUGUCUGGGGCAUUGGUUCAGGUUCAGGACAUGGACGACGCGAUGAUGAUGAACAGUGCAAUACAAGUAAGCAUCGUGGUGGUGGAUUCAGAGCUAGGUCAACCAGGUUCUUCUCGACUAUUGGAGCUUGGUUGAAUGGUAUCGAUGAUGGGAGGAAUGAUGGGACUCGUCACCGGGAUGGCUACGGACCUAGAUCAGGGCAUGGGAAUAAUGGUGGCCAUCAGUGGGAUAUGGUUUAG